AUGAACUGGGGUGUCUUCGAAGGGCUCCUGAGUGGGGUGAACAAGUACUCCACGGCCUUCGGGCGCAUCUGGCUCUCCCUGGUCUUCAUCUUCCGGGUGCUGGUCUACGUGGUGGCGGCUGAGCGAGUGUGGAGUGAUGACCACAAGGACUUCGACUGCAACACGCGCCAGCCCGGCUGCUCCAAUGUCUGCUUUGACCACUUCUUCCCCGUCUCCCACAUCCGCCUCUGGGCCCUGCAGCUCAUCCUAGUCACCUGCCCCUCCCUGCUGGUGGUCAUGCAUGUGGCCUACCGAGAAGCCAGGGAGCAGAAGCACCGGGAGGUAGCGGGCGAGAACUGCCGCCGACUCUACCCCAACCCCGGCAAGAAGCGGGGAGGGCUGUGGUGGACCUACCUGCUCAGCCUCAUCUUUAAGGCUGCCGUGGAUGUGGUUUUCCUCUACAUCUUCCACCGGUUCUACAAGAACUACACCCUCCCCAGCGUGGUGAAGUGCGAGAUCCCCCCGUGCCCCAACAUCGUGGACUGCUUCAUCUCCCGGCCAACGGAGAAGAACAUCUUCACCCUCUUCAUGGUGGUCACGGCCUGCCUCUGCAUCCUGCUGAGCGUGGUGGAGGCCUGCUACCUGGUGGGGAAACGGUGCCGAGAGUCCCUGCUAUCCAGAAGCGAGAGCAGCCGGAGGGAAACUAGGCAGUUCAGGAGCGUCGUUCAUAACAAAGACUGUUCCCUCUCCCACGGCGAGCAGGACAACCUCGAGCCGGGAGAGCAGGUUUUCCACGCGGCGGAUUGCAAGCUAGUCACAGCUCCAAACAUAGCCAGCUCCCAGAUAGGAGAAGAUGUUAUCUCCUAA